AUGCAGUUCUCUACCGCCCUCUUCGCCGUCAUCCCUCUUCUCACCCUCGCGGUCACUGGGCACGACACCGGCGACGUCGGAAAGAUCGAGUUCUUUACAAGUGGGGGAUGCGAAGGCUCGGGAGAAGAGGUCGAGAUCAAACACGGCCAACGCUGCACCCGCUUUAAAGACGAUAAGGACAUGACCAGCUGGAAGGUGAAGAAGUCCCCAGCUAAUGGCCAGAUUGACAUCUUCGCGUCCUCGGAUUCCUGGACGCAUUUGCGGCCAACUAGGACCGCAUGCGUCGCUACGUCGAGUUCCUCGAGCAGCCCAGCGUUGCGUACGGGAUUAAUCAUAGAUCGGCGCGUUCGCCCACCUGCCACUCUGUUUGAGGCAAUCAUCACGAAGCUUAUCCAAGCGAAGCUGAACCGCAGAGCCAAGAACGCCUACGACGUAAAGGCUCUGUAA